AAAAAAGUACCAAGUGGCUACAGCUGCAAUUAAGGAACCCCGCCUUUAACGCGCUGUUCUUUCUCUAAAUUACAGUAUUUAUUCCAGUUGUCCCUCACGCGACUAACUCAACAAGCUACUCUCCCUCUCUCUCGCAAACUCAGGCGGUAGUGGGGCUGAAUCUUUUUUUAUUAUUUCAUUAUCGCGAGAGGAGAGUCCGUAAAUCGCCGACCCCGAAGCGGGGGUCCUGACCAGUAGCUCAGAGAAGCCCAGCGCGGAGGAAAGCAACGGUCCAGUGAGUCGCCCAACCCCUGCUCCUUAACAAGGAACUGUCUGCCCUCACCAACACGCCACAGACAUGGAGUAUCUCAAGUUGUUUUUUUUAAUUUGUUUAUCCUGGGCACAGAUUAUUUCUAAUGUCCAGUCAUCCGACAGCAAUCAACAGCCAAUUCCAGCAGAGAAGUUGCUUGUCCUAACCGUCGCAACUCAGGAGACUGACGGUUUUCUCCGCUUCAUGCAGUCAGCCAACUACUUCAACUACACUAUCAAGGUGCUGGGCAUGGGGGAGGAGUGGAGGGGGGGUGACGUUGGACGCUCCAUCGGGGGAGGGCAGAAGGUGAGACUGCUGAAGCAGGCCAUGGAGGGACUGGCGGACCAAGAGGACCUGGUGGUGCUGUCUGUCGACAGUUAUGAUCUCAUUUUUGCGGGCGGGCCAGACGAGAUCCUCAGAAAGUUCCAGGAGGCCAAUCACAAGGUCCUGUUCUCAGCAGAGGGGCUGAUCUGGCCCGACAAACGCCUACAGGACAAAUACCCGGCGGUCCGCAGUGGCAAGCGCUUCCUCAACUCAGGAGGCGUCAUCGGCUACGCCCCGUUUGUAAACCAGAUUGUAGAGCAGUGGAACCUUCAUGACAAUGACGAUGAUCAGCUGUUCUACACCAAAAUAUACCUGGAUCCUCAGCAAAGGGAGAGUCUAAACAUGAGUUUGGACCACAAGUGUCACAUUUUCCAGAAUUUGAAUGGAGCGAUUGACGAGGUACUCCUGAAGUUUGGAACGGAGAGAGUCCGUGUCAGGAACACGGUGUUCGACACGCUUCCUGUGGUCAUCCAUGGCAACGCAAACACCAAAAUUUAUCUAAACUAUCUGGGAAACUACAUUCCCAAUGCCUGGAACUACGAGAGAGGCUGUGGCGUCUGCAACCACAACAUGGUGGAUUUGUCUCAGCUCAAAGAGUAUCCCACUGUGCUGGUCGGAGUUUUCAUCCAACAGCCCACUCCUUUCCUGUCAGAGUUCUUCCACAGGCUCGUGACCCUGGACUACCCAAAAGAUAAACUUAAAAUUUUCGUCCAUAACAACGAGGUUUACCAUGAGAGGCACAUGCAGAGGUUCUGGGAGGAGAGUAAAGACAUAUUUAACAGCUUCAAGGUUGUGGGUCCUGAGGAGAACUUGAGCCAAGGGGAGGCCAGGAAUAUGGGCAUGGAGCUGUGUCGCCAGGACCCCGGCUGUGACCACUACUUCAGCAUAGAUGCCGAUGUGAUGCUCACCAACAAACAGACACUAAAGAUCCUCAUCGAGCAGAACAGAAAAAUAAUUGCUCCCCUUGUCAGUCGGCAUGGCAAGCUGUGGUCCAACUUUUGGGGCGCGUUGAGUCUGGACGGAUACUACGCCCGGUCUGAAGACUACAUUGACAUUGUACAAAGCAAACGGGUGGGAGUCUGGAACAUCCCUUACAUGGCACAUGUGUACUUGAUAAAGGGUGAGGUCCUAAGGAAUGAACUGACUGAGAGGAACCACUUUGUUUUGGAGAAGCUGGAUCCUGACAUGGCUUUGAGCAGACACGCCAGAGAGCUGACCAAUCACAGGGAAAAAGACUCCCCCAACCCGGAAACAUUCCAUAUGCUCAGAGUCCCAAAGGGAAUCUUCAUGUACAUUACAAACCGGCAUGAGUUUGGGAGGCUCAUUUCCACAGCUAACUUUAACACAUCUCACUAUAACAGUGAUCUGUGGCAGAUAUUUGAGAAUCCAGUGGAUUGGAAGGAGAAAUAUAUCCACCCCAACUACACACAGAUCUUUACAGAGAACUACCUAGAACAGCCGUGUCCAGAUGUCUUCUGGUUCCCUGUCUUCUCUGAGAGGGCGUGUGAUGAACUGGUAGAGGAAAUGGAACACUUUGGCUCCUGGUCAGGAGGGCAGCAUGAGGACAAACGGAUUGCCGGUGGCUAUGAGACAGUUCCGACCGAUGAUAUCCACAUGAAGCAGAUCGGUUAUGAGAAGGAGUGGCUACACUUCAUUCGCGAGUUCAUAUCCCCUGUCACCCUCAAAGUCUUCUCAGGCUACUACACCAAGGGCUAUGCAGUGAUGAACUUUGUGGUGAAGUAUACUCCAGGAAGACAGUCAUACUUGAGGCCCCAUCAUGACUCCUCUACAUUCACCAUCAAUGUUGCACUCAACAGUAAAGGCAUCGACUUCCAGGGUGGAGGCUGUCGGUUCCACAGAUAUAACUGUUCCAUAGAAUCUCCAAGGAAGGGGUGGAGCUUCAUGCACCCAGGCCGUCUGACUCACCUCCAUGAAGGACUGCCCACCACCAACGGAACGCGCUACAUUGCCGUCUCCUUCAUAGACCCUUGAACCCUAAACCCUAAACUUUAGGCUAAGAUAGGAUUUUUUUAGAUUGAAUUUCUUUUUAUUUCUUUUUGUCGUAUUCUGUUGGGUCUUAACGAUGCAGUGCCUUGUUGAUGUUGUGCUGGAGGCGCUUCACUUAAAUGUAACUGAUUGUAUGAAAAGAAAAAACAAGACCAAAUGAAUAGUGGGGAAUGUCAUUCCAGUCACACAAUCCCAUUCAUUUGUAACUCUGUUAACCAGAGUGUGGUGCUUCAGGAGACGUGGGGACACUGAGUCUCGGCCAAUCACCAUCUGUCAUUGUUUCAGGUAAAUCUCACUGGACACUGUGGGACACUGUAUGGAUACUGUCAGAACUCAAGAACCGGUCCAUAAUCCAUAAUGUUCAAUGAAUUGUUCUGGCAACGUGCUUUCUCUCUUACCUGUUUUAGAUCACACCUGUUUGUUUAGUUGUUUCAUACUGUCCUUUGAUUACUCUGUUUUUGAAAGAAAAUUCAGAGGCUGCAGGAAAUUUAAAUCAGCAUUUUGAUGAAAAGCUGCGGUUCUUUCUGUCCCAUUAGAUAGCAGGGUUAAAUUGUAAUCAAACCUCCUGUUAGAUCAGUUUUAUUUGUUUUAUUUAUUUAGAAUAAUCAUGUCCUCUUCCGGCAGGGUAAUUUUACUCCUGUGAUGAAACUGGUCGAAAAUCUGAAGGGUUCACCGUUGGUUGUCUAGUUAUGAAACUGUUGUCCAUCCAUCUUCUGUUCACCCCUCCUGUAAACAUGGGUUACAGUUUGUCAACUGAUGAAGCUGUGACAUCAGUCACUAUGAGCCCAACGAGAGAUUCUAUUUUUGUAACUUUGCACA